CAAUGAUUUACCGCGGCAUUUCRGAGCCCGGUGGGCUCCGCGCUCCUUCCAGCAGCCCCGAAAACUUAAAAGCUUUGGUUUGCAGCUGAUCUACGGCACAAAUUUGCAUAUGGGGAAGCAAUGUGGUGGAGCCUGGGCCAGCUUUAUCCCUUGAUCCUGUCCAUAUUCUCACUGGCUUCACUGCCAGGCCAGGCCACRGCAGUGAGCAGCGAGCUCCAGGCGCUGCCUUCCCACAGGAGAAGCAGCAGAGAUGUUAAUUCUCUAGUUCCUGCUGACUGUCAGCUGGGCCAGUGGUCAGCAUGGACGGAUUGCUUUCCUUGCCAAGAGAAAAAACACCGCUACCGGCGCCUGGUGCAGCCAGCAAAGUUUGAAGGGCGACGCUGCGCGGGGUUCCUGUGGGAUGAACAAGCCUGUCAACCUAAGACAGCGUGCACAGGGCCACCAGCGUGUGGGGARGACUUCCAGUGCAAGGAAACAGGGCGCUGCAUUAAACGGCAUCUCGUGUGCAACGGAGACAGAGACUGCAGAGAUGGGUCUGAUGAGGAUAACUGCGAGGAGGACAAAGAUAUUGAAAACCCUUGUGAACAGCUGUUCCAAAUCCCAGGGGCGGAAAAAGCGGUCCAAGGAUACAACAUCCUAACAGGGGAAUGGAUGCAGAACAUAUAUGACCCUGCGUUUUUUGGAGGGAGCUGCGAGUACGUGUACAAUGGGGAGUGGCGGAAGCUGCUGUACGACCCCGUSUGUGAGCGCCUGUCCUACGGAGACGACGAGAAGUAUUUCCGCAAGCCUUACAACUUCCAGGUGUACCAGUUCCUGGCUCAUGCUGACUCUGGAUUCUCUUUUGAGUCUUAUGACGAUUCAAAGGAACUGCUUGAUGCCAUUAAAAGAGAUAGAUACCAAAAAUCAGGCUUCACCAUUGGAAUUGGGCCUCCAAAGGUACCUGUCAAGGUAAACCUGGGCCUYGCUUUAUCAGAGAAAAAAGGAACCCUGAAGAAUUUCACAGGAUAUGAUUCAAAGAAUCUUGAGUUCAUCAGAGCUGUGACCAAGGUGCAGACAGCCCGUUUCAAGAUGAGGAGGGACAACAUUGUUCUGGAUGAAGAUGUGCUGCUGUCCCUGCAGGACCUCCCAGACACCUAUGAUUAUGGCAUGUACUCCAAAUUCAUCAACGACUACGGCACCCACUUCAUGACAUCCGGCACCAUGGGGGGCAWCUUUGAGUACAUCCUUGUCGUCAACAAGGAUGAAAUGCGAAGAAAAGGUGUCACCUCUGAGGAGGUAAGCAGCUGCCUUGGGCUGUCCAUUGGCGUUUCAUUCAGCAUGAGGCAGCUGGGGCUGGGUGUCUCUACCUCAACCUCGGACUGCAAACAGGGAGGGUUCCUGAAAACAGAUCCUGAGAGCCACAGCGCAAUUGUGGAAGACAUUAUUCCCCGGAUUAAAGGGGGAGACACCAGCUACAGCGAAGGGCUCCUGAACAGCUGGGAUGGCAAAAUGUACCGUCAGUGGGGAAGGUCGUUAAAAUAUAAUCCUGCUGUUAUUGAUUUCCAGCUGGAGCCCAUCCAUGAAAUCCUCCGCAGGAGCGACCUCGCCCACAUGGAAACCAAACGGCAGCACCUGAAGCGAGCCCUGGAUGAAUUCCUGGAAGAAUUCAACUCCUGUCGCUGUGGAGGGUGCCUGAAUAAUGGGGAGCCCAUGCUGGUGGGGGACAUCUGCUCCUGCCAGUGCCGUCCUGGCUACAGGGGCCCCGCCUGCGAGCAGACUCAGCGCCCAGCUGCUGAGAUGGACGGGCACUGGAGCUGCUGGUCGGGCUGGUCCCCGUGCCAGGCGGGGACAUCGCGGCGCAGCCGGGAGUGCUCCAACCCGGCCCCACAGAACGGGGGACAGCCCUGUGCUGGGAGGAACGUCCAGACCAGAGCCUGCUGAAACCCCAAAGUGCCUGGAGAAGGGUGGUUUGGAACCUGGGCUGGGCUAUAAAUACUCCAGGUAUGCAAUGGAAUCACCACCGGGAGAAAUAAUUGAGUGGUGGUGAUGCGUUUCUGUACGUGCCAGAUUUGCUGUGUAAAAUCUGAGUGACUGCUCCGGUGGUUUUGGGAUAGAAGCCACAUCAGAUGGGGUGGGAGCCCCACUAGUGCCCAGCACCACUGCUGCAGCACAAGGGAUGACAGGGAAUCCACCCAAAGGAGGUGCCUUUUCUGCUGGGUGACCACAGGGCUGCAGCCAGUCAUAAAAAAAAAAAAAAAAUUUAUUUUAUUUGAAUGAA